AUGUUCUCCAAGUUCACCUCCAUCCUGCAGCACGCCGUGGAGGCGCUUGCACCUUCUCUUCCUUUACAAGAAGAUUUUGUUUACCACUGGAAGGCAAUUACCCAUUACUAUAUAGAGACGUCAGAUGAUAAAGCCCCGGUGACAGAUACAAAUAUUCCAUCUCAUCUGGAACAGAUGUUAGUUAUCUUAGUACAAGAAGAAAAUGAACGGGAAUUUGGAGAGACGGGGCCAUGUAUGGAAUAUUUACUUCAUCACAAGAUCUUGGAAACAUUAUAUACCCUAGGGAAAGCUGAUUGUCCUCCAGGAAUGAAGCAACAAGUUUUGGUGUUCUAUACCAAACUUUUGGGGAAAAUCCGGCAGCCGCUGCUUCCACACAUUAACGUGCACAGGCCAGUGCAGAAGUUAAUUCGAUUGUGUGGUGAAGUCCUUGCAACGCCAACAGAAAAUGAAGAAAUUCAGUUUCUCUGCAUUGUGUGUGCAAAGCUGAAACAAGAUCCCUAUUUGGUUAAUUUUUUCCUGGAGAACAAGUUUAAAUCAUUGGCUUCCCAAGGAGGCCCAAAUGCAAUUUCAGAAGAUGUAUUAAAAAGUCAAGAUUCCUUGUCAACAGAUACAGGCCAGUCCUGUCAGCCAGAGGAACCGUCUGGCGCUUCUGGAACGGAGCACACAGACUCAGAAGAUGAGCCUUCUCAUCAGAUGGGUGACCUGUCCACGAGCUUGGAAAAUCUCAGUGUCACUGCACUGCCAGAGGCCACCGUUGUUCGUCCAAACCAGGAUUACAACCUAGUGAAUUCUUUGUUAAAUCUUACUAGAAGUCCUGAUGGCCGAAUAGCCGUGAAAGCCUGCGAGGGCUUGAUGCUGUUAGUGAGCUUGCCGGAGCCAGCGGCCGCCAAGUGCCUCACGCAGAGCACGUGCUUGUGCGAACUGCUCACCGACAGGCUUGCCUCCCUGUACAAGGCCCUACCUCAGGCAGUGGACCCCUUGGAUAUUGAAACAGUGGAAGCGAUUAACUGGGGCUUGGACUCAUAUAGUCAUAAAGAAGAUGCUUCAGCUUUUCCUGGAAAAAGAGCCUUAAUUUCAUUUCUCUCCUGGUUUGAUUAUUGUGAUCAACUCAUAAAGGAAGCACAAAAGACUGCUGCUGUUGCUCUUGCCAAAGCUGUCCAUGAAAGAUUUUUUAUUGGUGUUAUGGAACCUCAGCUAAUGCAAACUUCUGAGAUGGGUAUUCUGACAUCAACUGCUCUGCUCCAUCGCAUUGUUCGGCAAGUAACCUCCGACAUUUUGCUUCAAGAAAUGGUGUUUUUCAUCCUUGGAGAACAGAGGGAACCGGAAACUCUGGCAGAAAUUAGCAGACAUCCUUUAAGACAUAGGUUAAUUGAACACUGUGAUCACAUAUCUGAUGAGAUCAGCAUAAUGACAUUAAGAAUGUUUGAGCAUCUUUUACAAAAACCCAAUGAGCACAUUCUUUACAAUUUGGUCCUAAGAAAUCUUGAAGAAAGAAACUAUACAGAAUAUAAACCUGUGUGCCCAGAAGAUAAAGAUGUAGUGGAGAAUGGAUUAAUAGCAGGAGCAGUAGAUCUGGAAGAAGAUCCCUUAUUUACUGACAUUUCACCAGAUAACACUUUGUCAAAUCAAGAGUGGCUUAGCUCCUCACCUCCCGCUACUCCAGACCACCCCAAAAACGAUGGGAAAACUGAAGUCCACAAAAUUGUAAAUAGUUUUCUCUGUCUGGUCCCAGAUGAAGCAAAAUCAUCCUACCAUGUGGAGGGCACUGGAUACGACACCUACCUCAGAGACGCUCACAGGCAGUUCCGGGACUACUGUGCUAUCUGCUUAAGAUGGGAGUGGCCUGGCUCUCCAAAAGCACUGGAAAGGUGCAAUUUAGAAGCAGCUUUCUUUGAAGGUCAUUUUUUGAAAGUCUUAUUUGACAGGAUGGGAAGAAUUCUUGAUCAGCCAUAUGAUGUCAACUUACAAGUGACGUCGGUGCUAUCUAGACUUUCUCUCUUCCCUCAUCCACACAUACAUGAGUACCUCUUGGACCCAUAUGUGAACCUUGCUUCUGGCUGUAGAUCUCUAUUCUCUGUGAUCGUCAGGGUUGUUGGAGACCUCAUGGUUCGAAUCCAGCGUAUUCAGGACUUUACUCCCAAGCUUCUAUUAGUCAGGAAGCGAUUACUUGGUCUGGAACCUGAAGGCCCUGUGAUUGACCACAUCACCUUGCUGGAGGGUGUGAUUGUGCUGGAAGAGUUCUGUAAGGAGCUGGCAGCCAUUGCCUUUGUGAAAUACCACGCAGCCUCCACACCCUAA